AUGGAACAACCUAUUGAGUAUGAAUGGCUUCCUACCAAAUUCUCUAAUUGUAAGAAGUUGGGACAUACUGCUAACUCAUGUAAGUUUGUUGUUGGAGUCGUCUGGAGGAAAAAAGAUUCUAAGAGCAUACCAGAAAUUGAUAUAUCUAAGAAUGUAGUUGCUGAUGGUUCAAAGCAGUCCUUUGAUGUUAAUGAUAGAAUUGGAGGGAGACCUAUAUCAGUGAAGGAAAUGGAGGAUUCCCAACAAUGGCUGGCUCUCAGGUUGGUUGAAGAAAUGAAGAUUAUGGGACCUUACUUUACUUGGUCUAAUAAUCAAGAAGGGGGGAAUCACAUUUUUUAUAAGUUGCAUAGGGUCUUCUCAAAUGAGGCUUGGUUGGAUUCUUUUCCAUUGGCUUUAGCUUUUUCUCAAUGGGAAGUGGUUUCUGAUCAUAGCAUUCUUCUUAUCAAGCAUGUUAAAGUUCGAAGAAUGGGAGUUAAGCUGUUUCGAUAUUAUAACAUGUGGUCUUCUCAUGCUCAAUUCAGGGAAACAGUGUUAGAUAGCUGGUCCAAACCUCUCUGUACUGAGGGCAGUGGAUUGGCGAAGUUAGUUGAGAAACUGGUUCAGCUCAAACAUAAAGAGAAGCUUAUUUGGAGUUUAAUAGGCAAGAGAAAAUCUAUGAGAGUUUUCUUCGCCAAAAGAGUAAAAUCACUUGACUUAAAUGACUAUGAGAUGGUUACUCUUCAUUUUCUUCAGCAUUUUCAGAGUUUCCUGGGCUGUGCUAGUAGGGCUAAUGGUCAUAUUGACCCUCAAAUCAAGAGCACUGGUCCUGAUGGGUAUGGGGCUGGUUUUUUCAAAGACUCGUGGAAAGAUAUAGGCAAGGAAGUGUCUUUGGCUGUCCUUGAUUUUUUUGAAACAGGCGAAAUUUCUCAAAGUUUAAAUGAAACACUUCUGAUGCUUUGUGGUCGGUUACCUACAGUUCUUCCCUCUUUGAUUAAUCAAAACCAAGGUGUGUUUAUUAAGCAUAGAUCUAUUGCCUACAAUGUUCUUAUCUUUCAAGAUUUGAUUAAGGAGUUUAAUAGGAAAAAUAGUUUUCCUCAGUGUGCUAUGAAGAUUGAUCUUAGUAAAGCACAUGAUUCUAUUGAUUGGGAUUUCUUGGAGAAUUUAUUAAAUGCUCUUUGCUUUCCUAGUAGAUUCAUUGGAUGGAUCAUGGUUUGCUUGAGGGGUACUUCCUAUUCAUUAGUGAUGAAUGGUAGAAUUCAAGGACAUUUUAAGGGUGGCAAAGGUCUUAGGCAAGGAGACCCAAUCUCUUCUAUGCUCUUUGUUAUUGUGAUGGAUUACCUUACCCGAAUAUUGAUGAAAGCCUCCAAGAAGAAAGGUUUCAGAUUUCAUCCUAUGUGCAAAUCUAUAAACCUUGUUAAUCUUUAUUUUGCUGAUGAUCUGCUUAUCUUUUGCAAAGCUAAUUCUCAAUUAGUGCAGAUCCUUCAUAGAGAGCUUGCUAAAUUUCAAAAGGUUUCGGGCUUAUCUAUCAACCACAAUAAAUCUCAUAUCUACCUUGGAGAGUUGUCAGAAAUUGCUAAAGCUUCUGUUCUGAAUUGCACUAAUAUGAUUGAAGGAUCAUUUCCUCUGAAGUAUCUAGGAGUUCCGCUGAGGCCUACCAAAUGUAAAGCCUCUAACUUCGGCAUUAUCCUCAGGAAGAUUAGAUUACGUCUUAAUAACUGGGCAAGCUGGAACCUCUCUUAUGCUGGUCGGACUCAAUUGGUUCAAUCUGUUUUGUUGGGGAUCCGAAUCUAUUGGAUGAGUAUCUUUUUGUUGCCUCAGGGUGUGGACCAGUUGUGGAUGAAAUGGGUGAACAACAUUUAUUUAAAAGGAUCUCAACUCUGGGAUUAUAUUUUGAAGCAGGAUGAUAACUGGUAUUGGAGGAAGCUGAUUAAGCUUUGUAAUUCUGUGUUUGAGCCAGCUUUGGCAGUUGGUGAAGUGCACGGUAAACUUCGGUUGGGCAAGCUUUAUAAUCAUUUUCUCCCUGGUGAGAAGAUAGCUUGA